CAUUAUUAUAUCGAUUAUUAUAUCGAUGCACCCUAAUCAUUUUUAUAUGCAUACAAAACAAUGCUUCUUGGUUUUAGCGUAUUGUAGGCGGCUUAUCAUUUUAUUCAGCAUCUGACUCUUACCAAAAAGUCGCAUAUUGACUGCUUCAAAACCAGACGCCUAGUACAGAAGAAGCCUGCAAGAAUUUUCUUUGUAUAAGCGUGUGUCGUCUUAAUACGUUGGUCUAUUCGCCAUGAGAGUCUUUCUAGAGAUAUAUUUCUUCACAUUCACUUCUUCUCCCAUGCAACUCUGAUAAUGAUGAGUAGCCGAAUCGACAGCCGCCUACUUAGCCUGGCGAAGUUCCACAUCUUCUGCACUGUAUCACUUGUUGCAAUCAUCUUCAUCAUCUAUGCAGAUGGUAUCAUAUAUACUGAUUCCCAAAACUCGGUUGAGUUGAAAGAUAAAGCUGUUUCUCAGGUGCUGCAGACUCAUAGUAUCGAACGCCAGUUCAUCAAGUCUGAUAUAACUCGUAAAGCGCUGCGUUCUAUGCAAGAAAAUGUCCUUGAUGUCGUUGAAGUUGAUACAGAAGAUACAAGUCCUGUUGUUGCUCCUUUCAAUGUCACUGAAGAAGAAAGAAUCAGCUGGUUUCGGGGAAAGCUGCCCGAAUUUGUGAUUUUUUAUUCGGACGAGAAGGCGCUGCAGUUUCAUGGUAGAGUUCUUGAAUUCUUUGACCAUAAGUGUGAGACUCAGUUCUUCAUGACAUGGAUAUCGCCUGCGAGGUCUUUUGGAAGCAGAGAAUUCCUGUCGAUGGAGAGUGUAUUCAGAGCUCACCCUCGUGGUUGCUUGAUGAUUCUUUCGAGAACCAUGGACUCCAGGCGAGGUUACAGGCUUCUGAAACCGCUGCAGGAUCGCGGGUUCAAAGUUCAUGCUGUGACGCCAGACUUGUCAUUUCUGUUCAAGAACACCCCAGCUGAGGCCUGGUUUGCUGAGAUGAAGACAGGCAACAGAGACCCUGGUGAGAUUCCAUUAGCUCAGAACCUGUCUAAUUUAUUGAGACUAGCAGUUUUAUACAAGUAUGGAGGUGUGUACCUGGACACGGAUUUCAUUGUCAUGAAAUCAUUUUCGGGGUUGAGGAACUCAAUCGGUGCACAAAGUAUGGAUGCGGUGUCGAAAAACUGGACCAGACUGAACAAUGCAGUGCUGGUGUUUGAUAUGAAUCAUCCUCUUCUGCGCAAAUUCAUCAAGGAGUUUGCCUUGACUUUUGAUGGGAAUAAAUGGGGUCACAAUGGACCCUAUCUUGUUUCCAGAGUGGUCCAAAGAGUGCAAAACAGACCUGGAUAUAACUUUACAGUCCUGCCUCCUAUGGCUUUCUAUCCAGUGGAUUGGACUAGAAUUGGGGGCUUGUUUAAGAAGCCGAAAAACCAUGCUGACACUAAAUGGAUAAACGCGAAGCUGCUUCAGCUUAGUGAGGAGACUUAUGGAGUACACCUAUGGAACAAGCAAAGUAGCAGAGUACUAAUCGAAGAAGGAAGCAUUAUGCAGAGAUUAAUCUCCUAUCACUGCGUCAUCUGUAAAGACAUAUAUAGUUCUUAAAGAAUCUUCGUAUCUAGAAAUAUAGUGAAGCAUCUUCAACCUGUGGCAAAGUCACAGACUGAAAAUUGAUACCCUCCUAUCUGGUGGUGUACUCUGUUACUGGAUUUAGAUAUAAGAAAGUUUCCUUCAUUUUUUGUUUCA